AUGUUUACAGUUUGGCCGAUCCAAACAAGCGAGUCAGUUGUUGGAGGAAAGCCCCUCACCCAAGAGGAACCAGUUCCACCCGUAUGCUCCAGAUUGGAAAAAUGGUUACACUCUAGAAGGUUAAACCCCUUCUGUGGUCCCUCUAGCACACUAUCGAAGAUACUAGAUACUCCAUCCGCACGUUUCGAAGCUAUUCAUGAUAUUGAUUUCAGUGCUUCUGACUUGAAAACAUUGGAACGAACUGACCGAAGCAAUUUGCUUCUUCAUACCAUCAAAACUGAAGAGAAGAAAACCUCUAUCGAGAAUGGCAGUCAUUUGCAAACAAAUGAAAAGAUGCUGUCUGCUCCAAGUGGUAAAGGAUCUGAAGAUAUUGAAGCUGCUGUUAAGAAACUUUCUCUGGUAUCAACGUCAUCUUCAAUGGAUGAUGACCAAAUUAAUCCAUUUUCUGUUUUAUUAUCGAUUUGUGGACAGUCUGCACCUUCAGUGUUACAAGAUAUUUUCUCUAGGGGAAAUAUACUUGUGGGCCGAAGUGAUUCUGAAACGUUGCAGUUCACUCUCAAUGGCAAGAAUAUGUUAAUCAAAACGCAUGGAUUAAUAAUAUCUAUUAUUGACUUCACUUUAUCUACAAUAAACACAGGUGAUAGCAUACUGUAUUUAGAUCUUUCCUCUGAUCCUGACCUAUUUAAAGGACCGAAAGGGGACAAACAGUCAGAAACAUAUCGGAGGAUGAAGGAGGUGACUGAAGAUUGCUGGGAAGGAAGCUGUCCUAAAACAAACGUGUUAUGGUUGAUCUACUUGGUAGACAUACUCCUCAUGAAGAAAUCAUUUGAACGUACUACAAAGCACGAGAGAGAUCUACGAUCCUUGAAGAAACGUCUUGACAAGUAUGAUUCGGCCAAGGAAGCAGUUCUUGACCCCUUCUUCACUGAUUUGUUCAUUGAGUCGGACCCAAAGGCUUAACAAGCUAAAGCUCCUUUUCCCGCCUAACAUGGCAUUUUGUCAAAAUAUUACUCAACUUUCUUGCAUCCUUGGAGACAGCUUACUCCAUUGUUCAACUUGAUCCGUACAAGGUGAAUUUUGUUUUUGCUAAGUUAAAAUAUUAUUGUAUAGAUCGAAAUGUGAUAACUGAAUAUAUAGCUUCAAAAUUUCUACAGCAAUGCAGGUUAACUGUGAUAAUUUUCUUUUGUAUAUUUUUCAGAGUUAAUGUUAUCACAUUUUAAUUUUCAUGCUUAUACUUCACAAACUUUGUAAGUCCUGCAAAAUGUAGACUAUUUUUCCCCCCUGAGGGAAAGGGUUAAUCA